AUGUUUAAGGCAGCAGUGCUACUUUCUCAUCAAUAUAAUAUAACAAUUGAUGGAGAAUUUCUAGGAUGGCAAGUAGCGGAAACUACUGGGGGUAUAAUUGAUGCGCUUAGCGAUGCAUGUCGUGCAGUGUUGAAUUUAAAUACAGUUGGUAUUAUUGGUCCAGAAUUGUCGCGAGAAUCUCAAUUAGUAGCUCCUUUCGGCGAAAAACUUGGUAUACCUGUUAUAUCAUAUGCUUCUACUGAUCCUGAUUUAUCUGAUAAAAAAACUUAUCCAACUUUUUAUCGUACAGUUCCUUCGGAUGAUACAGCUGCAUCAUCCCUUGUUAAAUUAUUUAUUCGAUAUAAUUGGACAUCAUGUUCAAUUAUUUAUCAAAAUGAUGCAUUUGGAUCUGGUGGAGUCAAAGCUAUAAAUCAAGCAUUUAAUCAAAGUAAAUUAACAGUAACACAAACGGUUAUCUUUGAUAUUGGUUAUCUUGGGUUUCGUGGAGAUUUAAAAGUUUCUCUAGUUAAUAGUCCAACACGAAUUGUUAUUGUAUGGGCUGAAUCAAUUUAUACAUCUAUUAUAUUACAAAAAGCUCUUGAUUUGAAUUUAGUUGGUCCAUCUUUUACAUGGAUACUAAGUUCUAGUGUUUCAUUUGAUUCUUUUAAUAAAACAUUUCAGGAAAAUUUAAUUGGAAUGCUUCUUAUUGAACCAGUUGUAGGAUCAGUUGUCAAUGUACCAAUUAAUCAAACAUUAUUAGAUUCAGCACUUAAUAUUUGGCAACAAUAUGAAAAUGAAACAUAUCCUAGAUCGACAAACGUUGAUUAUUAUGCAUUAUUUGCAUUUGAUGCAACAUGGGCAUUAAUUCAAUCAUUACAAAAAUUGUGUUCAUCAACAAUAAAUAAUUCUUCUUCAUGUUUAUCAUUUGUUAAAUCUUCAUUCUGUUUUGAUAAUCGUUUUAAUCAAUCGAAUUUAUUGUUAGAUGCACUUAGUACAACACAAUUUCUUGGUGUAUCUGGUCCUGUACAAUUUACUUCUAACUCUACAAAUAGAAUAAAUGGUUCAUAUUAUUCUCUAAAAAAUCUUCAUUCUGUGGCCAGUGGUUUGAGUUUUGUGUCUGUAUUAGAAUAUGUAGAUCCUGGAAAUUGGAGAACACCUUUAAAAGAAAAUGUUAUUAUAUGGCCAGGAAAUACAUUAACAAGCCCAUCUAGUCGGGCACUUCUUAAAGGUGUAACAUUACGAAUUGGUAUUAUUCGAGGACCCCCAUUUCUAAUUGUUGAAAAUAUAACAGAUAAUACUGGACAGACUAUUAUACAGUAUAAUGGUUAUAUAUGGAAUCUACUUAAUCUUUUAAAAGAUAAAAUUGGAUUUAAUCCAAUAAUUCAAUUAGCACCAUCAAAUCAAACAUAUACUCAAAUAGUUCAAUCGGUAAAUGAUGGUGCUUAUGAUAUAGUUGUAGGUGAUGUUACUGUUACAUCUAACCGAAGAGAAUUAGUCGGUUUUUCUAAUGCUAUAUUUGAUAAUUCUUUACGUAUUAUUAUGCGAAAAUCACCCGAUAUCAGUGUUGAUCUCUUAUCAUUCUUAAAACCAUUUUCACGUAAUUUAUGGAUAUUAGUCUUUGCUACUUUUAUAUAUGCUGGUAUUUUGAUGUGUAUUAUUGAGAGAAAAGAUAAUAAAGGCUUAGAAAGUGGAUCAAUAUUAUCUCAAUUUGUACUGAGUGUAUGGUAUUGUUUUGGUAAUAUAGUUGGAUAUGGUGUAGAAUUUAAUGCUAGGACAGCUGCUGGACGUUUUUUAACUGCUGGUUUAUAUAUAUUAAGUUUGAUAUUAGUUGCAUCAUAUACUGCUAAUUUAGCAUCUGAUUUGACAAUAGCUAAAUCACAAGGUGUUAUUUCUGGAAUUGAUGAUAUUAAAAAUAAAAAAAUUCCAAAUAAUCGUAUCGGUAUUCGUGUAGGUACAGCUAGUGAAGAUUAUUAUUUAUCAGAAAUAUCUGGAGGAAAUAAAAAUUACCAUCCGUUAUACACUCGACAACAAAUGUAUGAUGAGCUACUCGCAGGUACUAUUGAAGUAUCGUUUUUGGAUGACGGAAUUGCUCAAUAUGUGACCAAUGAUAUUUAUUGUAAUUUAACUUUAGCUGGAAAUGGUUUUGAUGUUGGCAUUUUUGGUAUUGUUACUCCUAAACAAUGGUUAUAUGCACAAGAUUUAGAUGUUAAUAUAUUAUCAUUAAGAGAAACAGGUCAACUUGAGGAUUUAAGACAAAAAUGGUUUGAACAAAAACAUUGUUCUGAUUCAACUGUAACAUCGACUGCAAUUGAAAUUAAGGCAAUAAGUGGAUUAUUCGUUACAUUUGCAGUAAUUAGUGUUUUAUCAUUCUUAUUAUUUUUAUGGAUGAAAAGAUUGAUGAUUAAAGGUUAUUUAUCGAAAUUCAUAUGUCCAAAUAAAUCUUCAACUGAACAAAAAUACUCUAUUAAAAGACGAGGAAGCAAAACUUCUCAACAUUCGCAAAACAAUCAAACAGUGUUACCCAAUUUUUCAGGUUUUUAA